GUGGUUCAAGAUGGCGGCUUCCAGUGCGGUGCGCGUGAGGCUGGAGGCCAGAUGAAAAUAGAUAAAAUAUCUAAAGUGCAGAGUUGUCAUCAAUAACACGCAAUGGCCACUCCAAAGAAACCUCCAAAGAAGGAGGCGAAAAAGUUCAUUCAGUCUAAAGCGUACUUCACGUCCCCGUUUUCAGUCCAGUGGAACCCCCUGUCCCAAGAGGACAUGAAUUUCAUCCUGAAGACUGUCAAAGACAAGCUCGUGUCCUCGGGGAUUCAGAAGAAAGAGGACAAAGUGUUUCGACCGUGGAGAAAAAAGAAGGCGGCUGCACCAGCGACCCCCGAAGAAACGAGUCAAGGAGACACGGAGACCCCCACAAACGGCUGGACAGAUGUGUCCGCCAGGCGACAGCUGGCAAUUGGCAUAAACGAAGUGACCCGAGCUCUGGAGAGAAAUGAACUACAGCUUGUGCUCGUGUGUAAAUCUGCCAAACCGAAACACAUGACGGAGCACCUGGUCUCUCUGAGCGCGAGCAGGGCCGUGCCCGCGUGCCAGGUGCCGCUGCUCAGUGCCACUGUGCGCGAGCCGCUGGGGCUCAAAAGUGUCCUGGCUCUGGGCUUCAAGAGAGCCCUGGAGGGUCAGACUCUGCUCUUCACGGACGUGAUAGAGGCCAUCACGCCCCGGGUCCCCGCGCAGAGAGCGGCUUGGCUACAGGGCGCAGCCCCCACAGAGAGACCGUCGGACACGAAGGAGGGAGAGGCUGGAGAGAAGAGAGGACUCAAAAGAACACUAGAGGAAAGUGAUGCUGAGCCUCUACCUCAGGACGUAUGCACGCUGCUGCCUCUCAAAGUCAAGAAAAUAAUGCCAAACCCUCAUAAAAAGAGAAAAGAAAAGAUAAGCAAAUCCAAAAAACUAUAAUACAGGGAUACAAUCAAGAAUGUGUCUUUUUAGACUUAGAUUUUUUUCAGAGAUUCUGCGUAAACAUGGGGCUGUGGCCUUUUGAGGGCCAUACAGUCAAUAUAAUGCAGUUCUGUUCAUUUGUGAAUAGGCCCCAGGUCACUUCUUACUUCUAAAGUGGCCCAGUGGGCAAAAACAAAAAACACCAAGAUUGUCUGGUCUGGAGGAAAGCGGAAUAAAUCCUCAUAACAGAUUAAAUUUUUUUUAAAAAACUAUUUAACUUGGACCAGUUGUGUCUUUUGUUACAUUUCAUAAAUAAUCAUCUUUCUUUUGAAUUAAUCAGAAAUAAAAAAAAGUGUUACCCAAAAUGAGUUUAUUCAAUCAAAUAUCCAUGCUGGUUUAGCUCAUGUGACAUUGAUUUUCAUGGGGACACAUCAGGAUGAUGCUGGUACAGAGUCUUCAGUGUUUUCACAGCUUGCAAUGGAUCUGAAUAAAAAUAUUUUCAGUCAAA